CAUCGUCGGAAUUACCAAUGAAAAUAUAACCUAGAAAAUAAUAAGAGAAAUUUUGUGAACUGUCAAAAUAUAAAUAAAUAUUUUAUUUGUUAUAAUUGAUUAAAAAAUAUUAAAAGUUUGUAAUUUUAAUUACAAAUGAAUAUUCUACCAAAGAAAAGAUGGCACGUACGGACCAAAGAAAAUAUUGCCAGAGUUAGGAGAGAUGAAGCUCAAGCAGCAGAAGAGGAAAAAGCGCGUCAAGCUCGUGCUCAAAAAGCUGAAACUGAAGCGAGAUUAAAUUUAUUAAGACAGCAAGCAAGGUCGAAAUACGACGGCAGACCUGAUGAAGAAGAAAAAGUUGAAAAAUCAGAGGAAAAUGAGCACGUUAAUUUUUUCAAAGACUUGGAAGAAGGUAAAGUUGACCACCACAAGCCUAACGCUGAGCGCGAAGCUGAAAAAAAGGUCGAGAAAGAAAAGUACGAGAAGCAGAUCGGGUAUCUUACUUACUUGGGACAAAAUACCAACGAGUCUACUGGCAACAAGAGUUGGUAUGAAGAGGUACCUCACCGUUUAGCAGAUCUGGAUGAUGAAGUCGAAGUUCAAGGGGAAAAGAAGGUCAGGUAUGAUCCUUUGGUCAACAUGAAAAAAUACCUUGGGUCCAUGGGCUCUGAUUUAAAACCUUCUAUAGAGUCAUCUGGUUCUAAAAAACGUAAAUUGUCUACUGAUGGUGUUGAUAAUGAUGAUGAUGAUGAUGAUGAUAGUCGGUCGUUGAAGAAGCAUAAAAAGACGAAGAAAUCAAAGAAGCAUAAACGCGAAAAAGAGGAAGAAAGAGAAAGUAAUAGAGCUAAGCUGAAUAUUGAAAAACUGCGAGCGCAAAGAUUGAUGAGGGAGAGAGCGGAAAAAUUAAGAGCUGAAGCGCUACUGGCUAAGGUUAGAGGUGAUCCUGAGCCGGUGGUUAAGGUCAAGGAGGAACCUAAGACUCCGAAGGUGAAACAAAAAUACAAUUCGCAGUUUUGUCCUGAAAUUGCUAGGCAAAAUUUGGUUAAUACUCCAAGACGGUAAUUAUUCAUAAAAUGGCUGGAAAUAAUGAGACUGAAGUUAGCUGACAAAUUUUUUUUAAUUUUUAUAACAAAUCAAU